AUGGGCAUUGGAAUACAACAGUGGAGGAUGAAAGUAGGAUCUUUUCAACCGAGAUCGCGUAUUCUGGCAUCAAGAAUGAAAACGAUUUGCAUUCCGGUGCUUCGAACCAUACGAAUUUUAAUGGUGAUUAUGGCUCUCUUAAUAAUAAGUGGUGACGUAGAAAAAAAUCCUGGUCCUGAUUGUAAUGAACCAACAAAACAAUUUACAACCAAGAAGAGAUAUAAUGCAUAUGUUAACCAGGAAGACCCAUGGAUUUCUGUACCGAAAACAAGCAAAUGGAGAUUGAAAAGAGCGAAGACAAAUACAGUUCAGAACAUUCAACGGUCUGACAACACUGAUCAAUCUUGCACACUUGCAGUGGGAAUCGAAUCAAAUACUACCCAUGGUUCAUCAACAAGUAUUGGCCCUGCAGUUUUCUCAAAUAGCAUCAUGCAUGUAGCUGCAGAAGACCAGGAAGACAGUUUUAUGGAUGAUGCAACUUGUCAGCCAGCUACUGAGGUUGAUUGGUGGUGUCCAAAUGAACAAGUUGAAAACACUGAUGACGGCGGCAUUAAUUGGUAUGAUGGAGCUGAUAGUGAACAUUUACUUUGGUAUGACUGCGAAGACCAAAACCUAAAUGAACCUACAACUGAUGAAGAAAUGUAUAAGAGACAGGAUGACUCCGAGAUGGAUGACAGCCUAAUAUAUGAUGGUGCUUCUAUCACUGUUGGACAGAGUGCUUUAUUAAUCUUGUCAUUUGUUUUUAAACAUUGCUUGACUGGUGAAUGCCUCGCAGAUCUACUAAAACUUGUAUCAUUACACUGUUUGAAAGCACUUUCAGUUCAUUCUUCUUUGUACAAGUUUCGUAAAUACUUUUGUGAACUAAAAACAUGUCUCACGUUCCACAAGUACUGUAAAAAAUGUGAAUAUCUUUUAUCUCACAGUGAUGAAGCUUGUCCAGUUUGUAACCUAACUGUUGAUGACAGUACCUCUUUUUUUGUUGAAAUACCAGUAGAAGACCAAAUCAAGGAACUUUUUAAACGAAAAACAUUCCAUGAUCAAAUUUUACACCGGUUUCACAGAAAUAAAACACAGGAAGAAAAUAUAGAAGAUAUUUUUGAUGGGCAACUCUAUAAGGAAUUUUCUAGGACACAUUUUCAUAGUAAAAAUAAUAUCUCUCUGAUGUGGUAUACUGAUGGAGUUCCACUUUUUAAGUCCUCAAAAAUAAGUCUAUGGCCUUUGUAUCUUUCAAUCAAUGAACUCCCUUACAAAGAAAGAGUUAAACCUGAAAAUUUGUUAUUUGCAGGCUUAUGGUAUGGAAGAUCAAAGCCAUCUAUGGCAACCUUUUUGAAACCAUUUCAUGAAACACUUGCAGCCUGGAAAAAUAAAGGUGUAGAGGUUGAUUGUAGCCAUUGUGAUAAAACAUUUGUCAACAAAGCAGUUUUAUUAUGUGGAACUUGUGACUUGCCAGCUAAGUGUAUGAUGUUAAAUAUGACUCAGUUUAAUGGAAAAUAUGGAUGUCCUAGAUGCAUGCAACCAGGUGAGGUUGUUCAAACUGGUAAUGGACAUACACAGAUAUUUCCUUUCCAUGAAGGUAAUGUGGAUGGUCCACUAAGAAGUCAUGACCAGUUCAUUGGUCAUGGAGAACAAGCUUUGAAGACAAAAACAAUUAUAUAUGGCAUUAAAGGGCCAUCCUGGUUAACUGAUAUUACCUUUGAUUCAGUACGUGGUACAGCAAUUGAUUACAUGCAUACUGUAUUACUGGGACUAGUUCGCAGGUUGUUAACAUUAUGGUUUGAUCCACAGUUUUCCAACAAAACCAUUUUCCUCAUCAAAAUUUGUACAUGUUGCAGACAAAAGACUAACUUCCAUUAA